AUUUCAGCCUCCAAGCCAGUAGAGUCCUGCCCUGUGUGAAGUGCUCUUUAUGCUGUGAAGCAUAUGACAGGACUAGAAAGGUUUGAGGGCAUGCCCUGAAGCCUUUUUUUUCUAAGUGAAGCUGAUUUCUAAAAUGGUCUUAGCAUAUACGUGCAUAAACAAGCAUACACAGAUGGUAUUUGAAAGCUAGAAAGACUUCUUGGGUGUGAAGGCUGCACAGCUGCUGCAGUGUUUUUAGGAGGUUCUGGCCAUUUUAGGAAACCUGUAUGUAUUGGUGUUUUGAUGUGUUUGAAGUGUAAAGAGAAACUGUCCAAUGGAUUGUGCUCACAGGAGGGAUAUCCCUGGAUAUCACACAGAAGAUGAGUUUCAUUCAUAUGGAUGAAAACUGUUUGUGUUUUCAGAAACGUAUAGCUAAGACAAGUAAUCUUCAUCAAAAUAAAAUUAUUUUCAUAUCUUAUGAAAAAUAAAGAGUAAUGGGGUGACAACUUUGAUCAGUCUAGCCUAGUAUCAAUUCUCCAGUGGUGGUAAACAGUGGUUUCUUAGGGAGGAGUGUGAAAAAGAAAAUACCAUGGCAGGUUGUUUCCUAAAAUGCUGUUGCAGUAGCCAGUAACUUGUCACUGAGAAACUUUCUUGGCAACAGUAUCUUGUGACAAAUAUGUGUAUUGUACGUAACUUGAAAACUGUACAUAACAUGAAGAAUUAGCUCUUUUUUUUUCUCCAGAUAUUCUACCACACAGUUUAUUCUGAUCUUCCUUUUUUUUUUCUUGGGUUCAGUGUAGUGAGAAAUCAUUCCUUGGUUUACAUCAACACUGCUGCUUCCAGUGAGCCUUGUCUGGUCUCCUCCCUUAUCGCUUUGGAGAUGAGGAGAGAGUACUGCUCAUCACUUCAGAUUUCACUAGUAGAAGGACUGGACAUACUGAACUUCUUCUAAUUUUUCUUCAGACUUUUUUCCAGGAACUGGAGGUUUGGGAGACUGGUGUGUGCUGUGGGUUGUUUUGGGCUUUUGUUUGUUUUUCUGAGCAGAUUGCUACAAAAUAGAGAUCUGUUUAAGAGGUGACCAUCUCAGGCUCUACUGUGGUUGCUCCUGAAAAGGUCUGGGAAAGUCUUGAUAAACAUUGUGUACACUUGGGAUGUUGAAGUCAAAGGAAGCAUCAAUGUAAGACUGCCAUUUGAAUAACCUUCCAAAGGUAUUGCUGUCUGAUUAGCAACAUUUGGGAAAAUAAAUGCUUGUAAAGCAGGAUCCAUCAUAUCUCUACCUUUAAAAACACAGCUAAUUCUUUUGGACUCUGAAGUUAUUCUCAGCUGUGCUGCUUCCUUUUGGCUGAAAAUAUCCUUCCCUCCUUCUCCAGCCAGCUUCCUUGUCACAGUUUCCUUUUCCUUGUCUUCCAUUUACUCUUGUUUGUAUUACAGACAGGGCCCUCAGCCCUUCCUCUCUCUUACAGGAAAGUUUCACUACCUUCGUCCUGAGUUUCACUUCCUUUGAACCACACACAGUGUAUCUGGCUCCAUGAGCACGGGAAGGCCCGGUGUGCCACGUUCUGCAGAGGUGUUUUCCACUCCCUCAGCUGGUUACAAUGAGGGGUGUGGGUAUGGGAGCUCCUGGGCUAAACAAUAGCAUCGUAACUUUAAAAACAUGGGAACAAACUGCUGCUUGCCAGACAGGAAGAAGCAACAAUGUGGGCAAACAGAAGAAACGCGCAGCAGGACCCGAUUGAGCGGUGCGGGGCACACGGCUGCAGGGUGCGGGUGCCUCCGCCAUCCACAGGAAUGCAAACUGUGUUGUGGGACCUGAGUGCAGGGGCACCUGGGAGAGCUGUUAGUUGCCGUGAAGUUCUGUCAGGUACUCAGCUGUCAAGAAAGCCCAACGGCGGGUCAAUAAUAGAAUUCCAUUUACUCCACGACAAGCAAGCGGCAAGGCCAGGUUGAAAUUUCAGCUUAUAACAUGUGUUCAGAGUGCUGCUGCGUCCUUAAGGGAGUACAGCGUAGCCGAGAGAAAACGGAACCCGGCCCGGCGGGUGGCUGCGUGCCGCGGGCAGCUCGCGCAGCUCCGCCUCUCCGUGAGGCGGCGGGGCCGUUCCCGCCCAGCGGGGCGGGCCGUGCUGAGGGGCGGUCGCCUGCAGUCUUCCGUGCCCGUCUGCCGUCUGCUGCCUGCCGCUCCUCGCCGGCCACGGGACGCUUCAGCCUGACCGGCUCGGCCCCGUCCUCGCGGUUUGGACUCGGACAGAAUCAGCUGUGACACCCGAAACAGCCUCUCGCGCCGCCGCGAUGGUGGCCAAGGAUUACCCUUUUUACCUUUCGGUCAAGAGGGCGAAUUGCGCCUUGGAUGCGGAGGCGGCGAGCAGCCCGGCUAAAGAGACGGAGGAACCCAGUAACAAGCGGGUCAAGCCUCUUUCUAGAGUUACAUCACUAGCAAAUCUUAUUCCUCCUGUACGAGCCACUCCGUUGAAGCGGUUCAGCCAGACACUUCAGCGCUCUAUCAGUUUCCGCAGUGAGAGUCGCCCAGAUCUGUUCAGUCCACGGCCAUGGUCUCGAAAUACGCCUGCUGCUAACACAAAACGGAGAGACAGCAAGCUGUGGAGUGAGACCUUUGAUGUCUGUGUCAAUCAUAUGCUUACGUCUAAAGAAAUCAAGCGUCAAGAGGCUAUAUUUGAACUUUCCAAGGGAGAAGAAGACUUAAUAGAAGAUCUGAAGUUAGCGAAAAAGGCUUAUCAUGACCCAAUGCUUAAACUUUCCAUAAUGACAGAGCAAGAGUUGAAUCAAAUUUUUGGAACACUGGACUCUCUAAUUCCUUUACAUGAAGAUCUUCUCAGGCGACUUCAAGAAGUCAGGAAAUCUGAUGGAUCAACAGAACAUGUUGGCCAUAUCCUUGUGGGCUGGCUUCCAUGCUUAAACUCCUAUGAUAGCUACUGCAGCAAUCAGGUAGCAGCCAAAGCCUUAUUGGAUCACAAGAAACAAGAUCACAGAGUGCAGGAUUUCCUGCAGCGCUGCUUGGAGUCACCUUUUAGUCGCAAACUGGACCUUUGGAAUUUUCUUGACAUCCCAAGAAGCCGUUUGGUUAAAUAUCCAUUACUGCUCAGAGAGAUUCUGAGACACACACCAAAUGAUCAUCCAGAUCAACAGCACCUUGAAGAAGCUAUUAACAUAAUUCAGGGUAUAGUGGCUGAAAUCAACAUAAAGACUGGUGAAUCUGAAUGCCAAUACUACAAAGAAAGACUUAUUUAUCUUGAAGAAGGACAGAGGGAUUCACUGAUUGAUAAUUCACGUGUUCUGUGUUGUCAUGGCGAACUGAAGAACAACAGAGGAGUGAAACUACAUGUCUUCCUCUUUCAAGAAGUCUUAGUAAUUACUCGAGCUAUCACCCAUAAUGAACAGCUCUGCUACCAGCUGUAUCGGCAGCCAAUUCCAGUGGUGGAUCUUGUGUUAGAAGACUUGCAAGAUGGCGAGGUUCGAUUGGGUGGAUCCAUACGUGGUGCAUUUAGCAACAAUGAGAGAAUCAAAAACUUCUUUAGAGUCAGCUUCAAAAAUGGAUCUCAAAGCCAGUCUCACUCACUGCAAGCCAAUGACUCCUUCAACAAACAGCAGUGGCUUAAUUGCAUCCGGCAGGCCAAAGAAAAAGUUACAUGUGCAGGAAAAGCUGGAGUGCUGAGCUCGGAAGCAUGUUUUAUUUUGUCACCAAAUGGAAGCAGGGUAUCCCAGGGAGAAACCAUGAUUGAGCAAAUGGACCAAUCUGACAGUGAGUCAGACUGUAGUAUGGACACCAGUGAGAUCAGCAUCGACUGUGAACGUAUGGAACAGACAAACCCUUGUGAAAAUGAAAAACAAAUAGAAACCAAUGUUUGACACAAACUUAUUCAUGGAAAAAAACCUGUGUCUUACCUGUACAGUAUUUGCAUUCCACACAUGGAACCAUUUGGAGAAGCACUUUUAAAAUAUUUUUUGUGACAAUGUAAAUGCAGUCCUUCUUGUAUAGUACUUGUAUGCGUGUAGUACUGUAACUGCCAGUUUGUGUAAGCUGGAAUCUCCUGCAACUCAUGCCCCGUGAUUAUACUUCACAAACAUCUAACAUGGAUGAAAGAGGUACUUGACCAGUUAUUCUCAAUGUCCUGCUGUAAACAGAAUCUCUAAACUACUGCUUAUAAGCGCAUUACAUAAAGAAUCUUCCAUAAUUUUUAAUUACUUUAUUUGCCCUUUAAUGGGGCAGCUGAAGAUGUGGACUUAAUAUUGAGUUUCAGGAAUGGGUAUUGAGAUUUUGAGUUUUCACAAAGACUUGGAAGUUAAAAACAGUUCAUUGUAAAAAAAAGAAACAUCUUGCAGUAACCUAUCUCAACUCUUGUGGUUUUAAAUCAACAAAAACUGUAGUGGGUCAUGUAAUCAGUGACUUUUUAAGGACUGAUUUUUCAAAAUGAAGCACUGUACAAAGAUCCAUCAGUUGAUUGAUGGGAUAAACAUUAAAAUCUAGUAAAUUGAAGUGGUCAGCGUCAUGCUAUGGUUUAAAUAUCAAAACACAUCAUAUGAAAAAUAAUCAAGUAAACAAAAGCAAAUCUCCACAGCCAGCACUGAAUUAAAUGAAAUGCUGAGAAUACUGGAUAUUUGUAAAUAAAUUGGUAGUUUGCUCUCAGUGCCAUAUAUAUGUAUAUGUAUCUGUACCUAUUCUCUCAAAUAGGGUAAGAAUGAAAAAAGCUUUUGCUUGUGAAUAAGCCCUCUUCAGCAUUUUGCACUCCACUGACCUCCACUGUUGGUUUUAAACACCACUAAACUAAUGUUAAAAACAUUUAAGUUUCUGUAAAUGUCUGUUUACAAUUACAUGCAGUUAUUGCUGGUUUUUAUAUAUUUUUCUUAAACUAAGUGACAAUUUUAUAUAAAUGGUGCUCUACAAGUAUCCUGUGGGAUUAUGUAGAGAAAGUUCAAACAUAAAGGGAAUUGAUUUUCCUUUAGGAUAUAUUCCAUCCUUUAUAUUUUUGUCAAAUUAAUUUUUAACCUUUUUGUUGCAUUUACUCUCAUGCUGUAAUUGGAAAUGACACUGUGUUUUUUGAUGGCUGAUUUAAUCUACUCAUUAUGAUGAGAAACAGAUGAGUCACUUAAAAAUGCAGUCUAAAACACCCAGUUGAACAUCCUGUUAUUCUUCAGGAAUCCCUGUGUAAUAUUUUAUUUCUUAGUAUAAGAAAUAAUGCCAAUGCUGAAUGAUAGUAUGGCAAGCUAUGAAAAUUAUAAUAAAUUUAAAUGAUCCUCUAAUAUAAGAACCUGUGCAAAGUACUCACCAUCAAAAGUAGAAAAACUAAGUUAUUGCCAAAAAUGUUUAUUUCUUGUCCUGCAGGUUUAUAAAAAAUUGUAAAUGUCAGUUAUCUUGCAUAUAUAUACUGAUGUGCAUUACAGAAAUCAGUGUGACAAGAUUAUAAGCAAUAUAAAACAAGGUAUUUUUAUUUUUUCAAAAAAGUCUGUUUUACCCGAUAGAACAUAUUUCUGUAUUUAUACUUUUUUCAAAAAAUGUAUUUUUUUUUCUGUUUCAGGCUUUGUAAUUUAUUUCAACUGCUUCAUUUUUAGAGCUGAAUGACAGUGAAGGCAAGGGAAAGGAAAGAUUGACAGAAGAAAAGAAGUAGGAAAGCUUAUUAGAUGGUAAACCAUUUUCAUAGAAAUUGUUCAGCAAAAUGUUUGAAAAGAGAGAAAAUCAAGUGAAGGUUUCAAAUACAGAAGGAUUGAACGUGUAUUGACUUUUUCUUUUCUAUAUAUUUUUGUUUUAUCAUAGCCUUAAACUUUUCUGGAAGCAUUUCAAAUAAAUUACAUUAAAGCA